CGCUCGGUGACCUGCUCUUCAGAGAAGACCCGAAGAACCACGUAUCAACACAAGAAUCGAGUUUUCAUCCCACCAUGACCUCUUCACUCCUCUCCAGAGACUCACAGCUGAAGAGUAUGGAGUUGACAAUAAGCAACGCUGAAAAGUACAUGGGUCAGUUCUGCACGUCGCUCGCCGCGUACACCCGCAAAACGGCUAAACUGAGAGACAAAGCCGACUCCCUCGUCCAGCAGCUGCACGAAUACGCCAGCACCGAAGGCCCUGAGCUCAGAAUCUGCCUGAAGAACCUCUCAGAAGAUCUAGCCAUGGUGCAGGAUUACAGACAGGCCGAGGUUGAGAGGCUGGAGAUGCGCGUGGUCUCCCCGUUAAAGGCGUACGGGAAUAUUGUGAAAACUAAACGAGAAGACUUGAAGAGGUUUAGUGCUGAUCGUAACAGGGAGAUGAAAGAGCUGCAGAGGUUGGAAAAGCUCCGGCUGAAGAACCCAGGGGACAGACAGAGCAUCACACAGGCUGAAACAAACGUGCAGAAAGCCAGCAGCAAUGCCAACAGGAGCUCCAGGCAAAUGGAGGAGACCAUCAUGGACUUCCAGAGACAGAAACUCUGUGAUGUAAAGAGGAUCUUCACCGAGUUCAUCAUGGUGGAGAUGCUCUUCCAUGCCAAAGCUCUGGAGGUUUAUACACACACCUUCAACAACUUGGAAACUAUGGACAUUGACAAAGAUCUAGAGUUUUUCAGGAACCAAAUCCAGAUUUCUGGCCCUCUUUUGGAAAACACAGCUCUUAUCACUAAUGUGCCUCAAUACUCGAGUCCCACUCAGUCUACACUCAGACUGACUCACCAGCCGAGCCUUUCUCACCCCGUGCGGACCUCGGAUCGGCCGAAAAAGUCUCUGAACAGACCUUUCCGCAGACAGCAGGAGAUGGACAGGGAAGAGGAAGAGGAGGAAGAAGAGGAGGAAGAAGAGGAAGAAGAGGAGGAGAGAUACGACUCCGAGUCAGACGCGGAGGAACCACAGACUUUCCGGCAGUCCUAUGCCUCUCAGUAUACCACAACUCUCAGACAGAAAUGAGAAAUGUUCAUCAAUUUGUCAUGUGUGUAAAAAAACAAACAAAAAAAAAAACAGUGAUCAUGUGAUAUGGAGUGUAAUUUAUAGACGAUAAAUGAUGUAAACGAUAUGACAUAUGAAGAGCAGAACUUACUGCCCAGUUAAAAUGAUGACGAUGAUUAUUAUUAUUAUUAUUAAAGACUGUACUGUGUUUUAAUGCUGAAAAUUAAAUCGAGGUGAAUAUUAGAAAUAAACCUAAAAUGCCGUACGAUUUA